AUGGCCUCGCUGCCGUCUGGCGACCCAGCCAAGAGCGUCAAGGACUGCGACCAGGCGGUGGUUCUUGCUCGGGGAAAUGGCGGCGAAGAAUCCGUGGCGUCGUCCGACUCAGCCCCGGCCCGAGCGACACAGGCGCCGGCGAUAGAGGCCGGCAGCGAGACUGACGAUGAGUUUGGCCUCGAUGGGGGCUUGUUGGACGACGACACCACAGCGAGCGUCACGUCGAGCAUCUACGCAGCAUAUGCGUACGAGCGUGGCCGUCGAUACCACGUGUUUGGCGACGGGCGCUAUCCCAUCCCCAACGACGACAUCGAGCAGAGUCGAGAGGAUAUGAAGCACGCGAUGCUGAUGAUGCUUACCGGAAACAAGCCGUUCUUGGCGCCCAUAGGAGAUCAUCCACAAAAGAUACUAGAUAUCGGCACGGGGACCGGAAUCUGGGCCAUAGAAGUUGGCGACAGAUACCCCAGCGCCCACGUCUGCGGCAUCGACCUCACGCCAAUUCAGCCCGAAUGGGUGCCCUCGAACGUGUCGUUCCUGGUGGACAACUGCGAGCUUGACUGGAUCGAGAGAGACGUUGACCUGGCCCAUUUCCGCUUCAUGGUCAUCAUCCUGAAGGACAUCAAGACCGUUUUGGGGCAUGCAUAUGACAGUCUGAGGCCUGGAGGCUGGAUUGAGCUGCAGGAACUUCAGGGCACCCCUCUUUGCGACGACGGCACCAUGCCCGACGACGACCCCGUCAAGACUUUAUACAGCACCGCCGAGGAGGCCUACAAGAAGUUUGGCAUGAACACUACGCUAUCGGCGGAACUCGAUCCGUUCCUUCGCGACGCCGGGUUUGAAAACAUCCACUGCCAGGUCAUGAAGGUGCCCAUAGGGAUAUGGGCAAAGGACAAAACCAUGAGGAUCCUUGGUCUUUAUCAGAAAAUGGCGGUCCUCGACUUUCUCCCUACGCUGUCGGGGCGGCCGUUCAAGGCUUUGGGCAUGUCGGAGGCCGAGGCCGAGGUAACGGUGGCUUUGGCUAGGAGAGCCCUUGAGGAAGUCAACGUUCAUCGGUACUUUAAUUAUUACUUUUGGUAUGCGCAGAAGCCAGGGGUUGCGCAACGACCAGAUGAUUUGUAA